AUGUCGCUCCGUGUUGCGCCACCAACCGUUAACAAUGCUCGCGAGGAGUACACGGUCUCCACAAAGGCCACCAACCACCCGCUUACCGGCACCCACGACGCUUUCCGCUAUGGGCCAACAUCGGCUGCCCAGAUUGUUGCCGCGGGCAACGCCAGCCCCCUCCAGUGGGCCGAGACGCAGGCGCAGCUGCGUCAGACCAUCCAGCGCCAGACGUUUGGUAUGGCUGUGCCCCUCCGUCAGGCAAUGGAGGUUAAGAUCGCCAAGGAGCUGCACCACCCGGCCAUGCUCUCCGCCACCCCGUCCGGCCUUCCCCUUGGGGGAACACACAACCUCGCCCUCGAAAUCCUCCAGGGCAAGGACGAGGGGCUUGACGAGACGGACUUUAUGAGCGGCGGCGCGGACCUGCGCGAGAUCCUCGACGUCAACGCCGUGAUGGAGCGCAGCCGUGGCAUUUAG